ACAAUAUGGCCCCCAAGUGUUUUGGUUUGGGUGUUGACGAAUAACGAUGACGGCUUAUGAGAGACCGCUACCGACUGAUACUGGUCAAAGAUUUGCCAUGCUUGGUCAACAACAUCGGAGAAUAUCAGACGACGUAGCUUCACUCGAUUCAUGGACAGAUGCCCUGAAUUUGUCCUCAUCACUUGAAACGUCAGGCGCAACGGACGAAAACCGGCUUUCAGGAAGUGGCCGAGCCCCUCAUGUUAUGAAUGUUGAACCUCAUAAACAGUUUAAACACCACACGGAAAGGGUUUCAUCGGUUAACACUGAUGCUAGCAUUAAUUGUGACGUAGCUGAUGGUGCUGGCCCCAUUACCCGAAGACAUUUAGAUAGGCCAGGGAGUGGAGGUCAACCAGUUCACAUAAAUCGAAAUACACACAGUCAAAUGAGGUAUUCUAACCACCCUCGGACCAACAAUGUGCAACCUGACACACCCAAUCCUAGAGGGGUGGCAUCAUGGUUCAAUAAUAUCACACAGUCAAGAUCACAGUCACCAAAUAUCCAACAAUACAGACCUCAUGCUUUGAGCACAAGCGCUUAUGAAGCAAGAAGUGUCACCCAUUUUGGCAUCUCUGCCCAGUCACGUUUAGGCUUACCACACACUAAUAUAACUAAUGCUCAACAAACCGAUGUUUCUAGUAAUAUCCAUGGUCACCAACAAGGACGAAGAGGAAGCAGUGGUGGGGAGUUUGGAUCUGAAAAUUUGGUGGAUCAUUUGGACAGAGAAGGAGAAAAAUUAAAGACAAGGUUUUUGUCGGCUUGGAAUAAUGUGAAAUAUGGCUGGACCCUGAAGACCAAGACAAACUUCAAGUGUGACAGUCCCAUCUUCCUGCUGGGCAAGUGCUAUCACCGCAGAGGGGAGGGAGCAGGCAGCAGUGAGGAAGAUGGCGAGCAUUAUCAGAGAACUAAUAUCAAGGUCUCCAACAUUGAAGAGUUCCACCAAGACUUUUCCAGUCGGAUGUGGUUCACCUACAGACGAGAGUUCUCUCCCUUGCCUGGCACCAAGAUGACGACAGACUGUGGUUGGGGAUGCAUGCUGCGGAGUGGACAGAUGAUGUUGGCUCAAGCUUUAGUCUCACAUUUCCUGGGCAGGGACUGGCGAGUGUAUCAUGAGCCAAGACCUCAGCAGAAGGCAUUUUACAAGGAGAUUAUCCGCUGGUUUUCCGAUCAGAUGUCGGACCAGAUUCCGUUCUCCAUACACAAGCUGGUGGAUGCCGGACAGAGGCUGGGAAAGUCCCCUGGAGACUGGUAUGGUCCAUCAUCGGUGGCUCUCAUACUCAGAGAUGCCCUGAUCAAGGCCAAUAGCAGCCUGCCAGUCCUCAAUGAUGUGUGUAUAUAUGUGGCACAAGACUGUACAGUGUACAAACAAGACGUCUUCGACCUCUGUCUCACUCGCCCUAAGUCCAACAGUCAGCUCAGCACUUGCGAGGAGGAGGAAGAGGGGAAGGCAGAGGAGAAGGCAGAAGAGAAGGCAGAGGAGGAAACUGCCACAGAGGAUGGAGAAUGGAAGAGAGCAGCUAUCAUCUUCAUCCCCAUGCGUCUGGGUGGCGAGAGCCUCAACCCAAUCUACAUUCCCUGUGUCAAGAGUCUUCUCACCCAUGAUAACUGUAUCGGCAUCAUCGGAGGCAAGCCGAAACACUCCCUGUACUUCGUGGGCUGGCAGGAGGACAAGCUUAUCAACCUUGACCCUCAUUAUUGCCAGGACGUUGUGGAUACCACUACUCAUGAUUUCCCUGUUCAGUCUUUCCAUUGUGUCUCUCCAAGGAAAUUGUCUUUCACAAAGAUGGAUCCAAGCUGUACUGUGGGAUUUUACAUCAGAACUAAGGCAGAGUUUGACAAGUUUGUACAAUCAGUCAGUGGGAUAGUGAUACCGCCUCGUCAGAAAGGCCUAUACCCGCUCUUUAUCUUCUCCGAGGGUCGCAGCUCUGACCUUGGCAUUGAUGAUAUGCCUUAUCAGGAACAAGGCCGUCUCAGAAUCCGCCAUUAUCGUGUAGAUCGUCAGGGAAAUGUCCGAUCUCCAACAAUCGAGUCUGAGGAUUUUGUGAUAUUAUGACAUUUUCACUGCAAUGAUAAUGAUAGUUGAUGUUUAUUUGAUGUAAAGCCCGGACCUGUCUCGUGGGACUCUCGUGAGCUGAAUGUGGCAUAGGUUUGUAAGAUUGACACAAGCAUAUUGGAUCAUUCAUAUUGGAUGGGGAUGUCUGUGAUACAUUAACAAGAGACAAGUGGGUAUUCUCAGUACCACUUAAUGUAUUUGUGUUAAUGUGUUUUUUAGAUUUUUAUGUUCCACAUUAAUUUAGGGUUGAAAAACGUUUUGUUGAAGUGUUGGUCUAAUAAAAAUAUGGCAAUUGUUUUUGUUUACCUUGUAUUAAGAUAAUCAUUGUCAAAACAUGUUCUUUGGGAAAACAUUUCACAAAGUGGGUUGAAUGAAGAAUUGAUUAUAUAUAACAGUGGGUAAUGAAUUAAUUUUGGUUUUGGUUUCUUUGAAUCAGUCAGGCUGUAGAUUGAAUUCAGACGGAAUAAGGAUCCGGUCACUUAUGAUAUGGGGCAGGGGUGGGUCAGAGGGAAUGGGGAAGGGUACCCAAAAAUAUGACAGUUUCUAGGAGGUGGGUGUGUGUCAUGAAACUAAUACACAUUUUGGGGAGGUUCAUAAAAAAAUUGACAUUAUAUAAUAAAGUACGGUGUAUAUAGUGCUUUUGCAUUUGUCUUUUCAGAGAGGUUCAUGAAAAAAAUGUACAAGGUCAAGAACAUUAGGUUCAUCCAGAAUAUGACAAGAAUUAAGGGAGGGUCAUUGUUUUCAGUACAUUAGUGCAUCAAAAACCUCUGACCCUAACCCUUGUAAUUAAUGACAAGUUAAUAUUUGUUUUCUAAUUUGGGUCAGAAAUAAGAUGGUUCUCAUUUUGUGUGAUGUGAAAUGUGAAAGUAACUGAAUGAUCACGCUGAUUAAAAAGCUGCACAUGUUUUUCAAACUAGAAAAUGUAAAUAUCUUAUGUAAUCAGUGAUGAUCCAACAGUUUUAAAAAUCUACAAUUGGUUUUUCAAGUUAGAAGAGGUCUAUGGAAUGAUCAUAAUAAUAGGUUUUAAUACUUUUAUAAUAAUGUUUUUUAUAAUUUGUUGAUCAUGUGUUAGUGCCUGUGAUUUGGUUGCUCUUGUGAUGUUUUAUUGAAAUCAACUGUUACCAUGGUUACCAGUUAGUUGCAUGUACUGUAAAUCUUGAAAUUUCCGCGAGCGUGAAUUAAAUGCGAAAAAUGCGAGUGACCUUUGCUUGUAUUA